CCAGAGUGCACUUCACCGUCUUCACACCUACUGUUCUCAGAGGGGAACUUUUGGAAAGAUGACAGAGGAAACUAAAGACUCUAUCUUUGAAGGAGUGGACCUCCACCCUAAAGUCAACAACUUUGUGCACCACACCAGUGAGGUCUCACUGGAUCAGCUGAUUGUGCGGCGAGGCCAACCCUUCAAAGUGACCCUUCAUCUGAGUCAACCUUUCAACCUAAACCUUUACCCACUCGCCAUCUUUGCAGCGACAGGAAAACAUCCGACCGAGAAGCAGGGGACGCUGUCGUUCUUCAGUAUCCCAGGUCUCAAGAAACCUUCUCCAUCAGCAAAGGCUGUGUGGAAGGUAGAGCUUCACAAGGAGGCCUCCCCGCCGAAAGGCCUCCUGGUCCUCACCAUCACCCCGCCGGCUGACACCCCCAUCGGGGAGUUCAACCUGGUUGUGAAACACCGGGACGAGGAGAAGCCGCUGCCAACGCUGGUGGUGCUCUACAACCCCUGGUGCUCCGAUGACUGGGUGUAUAUGAAGGAAGAGAAGGAGAUAAAUGAGUAUGUGAUGAAUGAAAGAGGAGUCAUCUACACAGGAAGUAAUAACUACAUCUUCCCUCUUGACUGGGACUACGGGCAGUUUGAGGACAAGAUGGUGGACAUUUGUUUGAAGAUUUUGGACCUCAACCACAAACACGUCAUUGACCCAGCUGACGACGUCUCUGCUCGGUGUAACCCCAUCUACGUCGGCCGCGUGAUCAGCGCCAUGAUCAACAGUCAAGAUGACAGCGGAGUCCUGGUGGGACGCUGGGACGGUUCAUAUCAUUAUGGGAUCAGACCGUCUCACUGGACCGGCAGUCACGCCAUCCUUAAGCGCUGGCUCGACAAUGGCUGCCAGAGAGUCAAGUACGGGCAAUGCUGGGUGUUCGCCGGUGUGAUGUGUUCAGUGAUGCGCCUGCUGGGCAUUCCGUGCCGCGUGGUCAGCAACUUCCAGUCCGCCCACGACACCGACGAGAAUCUGAGCAUCGACGUUUAUCACGCCGACUACGGAGUCCGAGAGAGGCCAUCCCCCGACAGUGUUUGGAACUUCCACGUGUGGGUGGAGGCGUGGAUGAGGAGACCAGACCUGGCAGAAGACGGCAAAUAUGACGGCUGGCAAGUUCUGGAUCCAACACCACAAGAGAAAAGCGGCGGUAUAUACUGCUGCGGUCCAGCUCCGGUCACAGCCGUCCGGAGCGGACAGACAGACCUCAAAUAUGACAUCCCGUUUGUCUUCGCUGAGGUCAAUGCCGACUGUAUUCACUGGCUGGAGAAAGCUGACAGUUCAAUGGUGAAAAUCUUUUCUGACACCUCGAAAGUCGGUCACAAUAUCUCCACGAAGACUGUCGGCUCCGACAAGAGGAAUAACAUCACAGACAACUACAAACACAGAGAGGGAUCAGAUAAGGAGAGGUCUGUCUUUCAAUACGCCAUCACCAGAGACUACUCCAGUGUUGCUGAAGAGAUGGAGGAGGACAACAAGGAGGACGACGAGAAUGAAGAGAUGGAAGAAAACAGCAACAAUGAGGAGAGCGGGGAGAACAUUGAGGUUGAAGAGACGGAGGAGGGCUCAGAGAAUGAAGAGACGGACGAAGAAAAUGAGAGUGCUGACGAGGCGGAGAAUGAGACCACAGAAAGUACGGGGAAUGAACCCCCCGUCAGCCCCCCACAGCCAACUCUGCCACCGCAAGUGUUUAUGCAUUUUGAAGAGGUGACCCCACCGACGAACGGUAAGAACGUGAGAUUGAAGCUGGUGCUGCAGAGUAAGAGCACUGCUGCCAGGCCGUUGUCCAUCAACAUCAGGGUCCAAGCCAUGAGGUACAACGGUGAAUCGGGUGUGAACAUCCGGAAGGAGGUGAAGGAGAAGACGCUGCAGCCUGGGAUAGAUCUGGUCAUCCCUAUCCGGAUCCCGUUCUCGGACUACCGUAAACCCAUGUUGGAGUGCGACAGCAUUAGGUUUUUAGCUGUGGUCACGGACAAAGAGAAGCAAGAUUACUCAUACCUGGCUGAGGAUGAUGUCGUGCUGCUUGACCCUCCCAUCACCAUCAACAUUCCCAAAAAGGUCAGACUGUACCGUCAGGUAAUAGUGAAGGUGAUUUUCAAGAACCCAGUCAACGAGACGCUGACGAAGUGCUCUCUGACUCUCGCUGGAAGCGGCCUACUGCGUGACGAGGUUAAACUCGAGAUUCCAGAUCUUAAGAAAAACAGCCAAAUACGCGUGCACUUCCCGCUCACUCCCUACAAGAUCGGUAAGAAGACUCUCGUGGCCGACUUCGACUGCUCCACCUUCAGAGACAUCAAGGGCCACUGCCACAUCAAUGUCAAGCCGUCCAUUUAUUGAGCGCUUAGUAAGAGUUACAUACCUUCACUCAGAAACGAAAGUGUCAGAGUUAAAACUCUUAAUGUGCCACUUUCUAAAAGAAAGACUAUAAGGUUGUUGUUUUCAAUCAAAUGUGGUGGUGGUGUAUAAUAACAGCUGCUGCAUUUUUUUCUGCCACGAUACUCCUACUCCUGUGUGGUGUUGUGUAAUAUGAGGGCUGUAGAAAGAAGCCAUUGUGCCACAUUUAAUGAAAGCAGGGUAUUUUACACUUUAACCAAACACAUAUUCUUUGAUGAAUCACCAAUAUCUACUCAGUUGUGACGCUGCACAACAAACUCGUUUGCCGCAGUGAUUUCCAGCUGACAGUGGAACCUGCUGGAGAAACGUGGUGUUGCCGAUGCUGAAAAUAAAUGACUUUGCACACACUUUUUGCUCCACAUCCACUGAAAUGAGAAUAUGUGAUGCACCCAGUAUUACCCUGCUGUACAUUUGGACUGGUGGUGACGCUUCAGGUACGAGCUCUUGUCAGGAAAUCAUGUCAAGUUGAAAGUUUACAUGAAUGCUUUAGCUGCAACCAAACAAAAUCAAUCCGUUGAUUCUCUAUACAUGCUUGGUGCUGCUUCUUGGAGGAGGUGAGCUGCUGCUAAAGUGUUUCCUCGUGCUUAAAAAAAGAAUGAGACCAAAUGAUGUGUAAGCUGGACAGUCUUUGUCUUUAUUUACACGUUUUUAUGGUUUUAUUGAAAAUGUCAGUAAUAUGCACAAAUAAAGUGUUACUGAAAGCCAUGUGGCCUUUGUGUCUUUAAUGGUGACGCUACAGAUCAUUAUACUGUAUAAUCAUACUGUGAUAAUUAAAUGUGUUGCUUCAGGGAUAAGAAAGACAAAAA